AUGCAGUCCUCCACGAUUGAGCGAGUGGGCGGCUCGCAGUCGGCUCAGCCGUCUUCAUCGGAUGAUGCCGACCUCACAUCGCCUGCUAACCUGCGCAAGUUGGUACUCAAUUAUCUCUUGCAUCACUGCUACACCGAAACCGCCACUGCUUUUGCCAAGGAUGGCAUCAUCGGUGAUUUAUACGGGUGUGAGUCAUCCACGCUUGUCAACUCGGCUGAUGCUCCUGGUUCGAGCUCCACCGGCAUUCGCACAGCCCCCUCUACCUCCACCGCAUCUGGCUCAAGGAGUCCUGCAGCUCCCGUCGCCGACUCGCCUCUUCGAACUAUCACAACAGGCAAUGCAGGUGGACGUCAGGCGCAUCCUUUGUCCGCACCUCCGCUCUCGCGCGACGACUCGAGCAUGGAGAUCGAAGUGGAAAAUUUGCUUCCCACAUCUUCGGAACAUACCGACGCUUCUACAUUCCAUCAGCGUGAGCACAGCUACGGCUUGUCGAAUGGCGCGCCGAGCCACUCGAAUGGCCACUCUUCCGGUUCUAGAAGCAAUGCAGCUGUCUACGAACAAGCGCAGGAUGAUGACCAAGACCUCGAGGAUGCAGAGCUGGCCACGUCCGAGUUGGAGGAUGUGCCAGACGAGAUCGACGUCGACAUCAGCCCUGACCUCACCGCGGAAGAUCUUCGGAAUGUUCGCGCACGCAAGCAAAUCAAGGAAUACAUCAUUUCGGGCCAAAUCCGACAAGCGAUGGACAUGAUCAACGAAUGCUUUCCUACCGUGCUCAACAGCAGCGCUGCAGCCGCCAGUGGCAGCGGCAGCUCGAACGUUUCAAAAGCGUCGCGCACGAAAGCCAGUAGUAGCGCCAGCUCUAGCAGUACUAGCGAAAAAGUGCUCCCGGCGAACCCUACCUCGAUGGAACCUGACCACCUGCUGCUCAAUAUGCAGAUCCAAGUAUUUAUCGAAGCCAUCCGAUCUGCGUCCUCGGCGCAACUGGUGCCUUCCUCCACGCCCCAACUGAGCGCAUCGAAUAGCGGCCUGCCUUCGCUCGCAUCUACCACGCCGGGCAUUGCUGCUUCAGCCAUCUCUCGCGCAGCGUCGCCCGCACCGUCCGCGUCCUCCUCCAAUGGCUCCACCACCUCGGCGACGGGCACCAAUGCAGCGCUGAAUCCGGCUCUGCAUUCAGCUCUCGCCUACGCACAGGGGCUCUACGCUUCGGCGCAAAAGCUACCGAGCUUCUGGCGUGCCAUGUACCUCAAGGAGCUCGAGCAGGUCACCGCUUUGCUCGCCUACACCGACGUCGAGCGCUCGCCCGUACGUCGCUUCUUGCAUCGCUCCAGAAAGGUGGCGCUGGCAGAACAGGUGAAUUCGGCGAUCCUGUUGAGGAGUGGCAAACCGAGCCAACCGUUGAUCGAGGUGGCGGUCAGGCAGACGACGUUGCUGUGGUUCCAUUUACAGGCGGAAGAGGUGCAGGUGCCCAUAGGUCAUCCUGUGUUUGGCUUGGUUGCGGCGGGUGCCGGUGGUGCGUACGAUGGCGCAGCAGCAGCAGCAGGCGCAGCGGCUGGCGCGGCAAAGAAGCAAACCAAUACCAGAAAGCUGCCACCGUGGGGGUUUGCAAGUUUCUUGCUCGAGAGGUGA